AUGCAAACGAUCUUCAUCGAAGAAAAUCUCAAUCAUCAACAAAUAAAUGAUCUUUGUAAAUUAAUUGAAUCAAAUGUCUGUAAAUCAUUAGAAUUUCGUCGAUGUUUAAUACUGGAUCCUGAUUUUGAUGAAUUAAUGAAAAGUUUAUCACAUCAUAGUAAAACAAUUGUUUCACUUAUUUUCAAUAUUCAAAUGAUUCAUGAACAAAGACGUUUUAAAAAAUUUGUUCAAAUGCUAUCAUCCUGUUCAAAUCUUAUUAAUUUACGAAUUCAUGGUAAUAAUAUAAAUGAUGAUAUGUUCACUCAACUCUACUCAGUUUUAUAUGAAAAUUGUUCGAAAUUAACUUUACUAGAUAUUGGAGAUAAUAAAUUGACAAAUAAAUCUAUCGUUAAAAUAUGUUCAUUAAUUAUUCCGAAUGAAAAACGAGCAGGUCUAGAAGAAUUAAUUUUAAGUGCUAGUCGAACGAUUACAAACGCGGGUUGGACUGAACUUUUCUUUUCAAUAUCUUUUAAUUCUCGAAUUCGACGAUUAGCACUUGAUUAUAAUAUUAUGGAUAAUGAAGCGGCAGCAAUGCUUAGUAUAAUUAUUACAUCAAGUCGAACGUUAACUUGUUUAGAUUUAGAAUGUUGUAAUCUAUCAGAAUAUGCUGGACAAUUAUUUCUUACUUUAUUUACUAAAUAUCCCGUAAAACUUCAAGAAUUUUAUCUUGAUAAAAAUCCAUCAAUUUCAAAUUCAACUCGUACAUUAAUCAAUGAAUGUCUUAAUUUAAAAUCACGACAAAAUUCUAUUUCAAAUGACCAACCAUUAUUAUCUCAUCGUUUAUCAUUACAUGAUAAUAAUUCAUCAAAUACGAAUAGUAUUAUAAGUGAAAAUAGCCAAUCAGUUAAAUUAAAAAAGAAAAAGAGAAAAAGUAUUUUAAAAGAACCUUCAAAAAAUGUUAUGAGAGAAGAAACAAAAUCUGUUGGUUUCAAUCAAAUAAACAAAUCAGAAAAACCAAUCGAAACAAAAAAAGACGAAGAAGAAGAAAUCGAAGAACUUUUACCCGUUGAAAUUGAACCAUAUGGUACCGUAGGACGUAUGCCUUAUUGGCGUCGUACAUAA